CGGGCGGCGGAAGUCGUCACUCGCCGAGGGACCUAGCCCACGCUGCGUACCCGGCAGCAGGUUAGCCAUGGCGAUGGGUGGCGGCGGCGGCGGCAGCAGCAGCGGCGUCCCAGAGCUGGAAGACUCGGUGCUGUUCCGGCGCGGCACAGGCCAGAGUGAUGAUUCUGACAUUUGGGAUGAUACAGCAUUGAUAAAAGCUUAUGAUAAAGCUGUAGCUUCAUUUAAGCACGCUCUAAAGAACGGUGACAUUUCCGAAGUUUCAGAAAAACCAAAAGGCACACCUAAAAGAAAACCUGCUAAGAAGAAUAAAAGCCAAAGAAAGAAUACCACAACUCCCUUGAAGCAGUGGAAAGUUGGUGACAAAUGUGCUGCCAUUUGGUCAGAAGAUGGCUGUGUUUACCCAGCUACCAUUGCCUCGAUUGACUUUAAGAGAGAAACCUGUGUUGUCAUUUACACUGGAUAUGGAAAUAGAGAGGAGCAAAAUCUGUCUGAUCUACUUUCCACAACCUCUGAAGUAGCUAAUAAUAUAGAACAGAAUGCUCGGGAGAAUGAAAAUGAAAGUCAAAUUUCAACAGAUGAAAGCGAGAACUCCUCCAGGUCUCCUGUAAAUAAACCAAAUAGCAUCAAGUCAAAAGCUGCUCCAUGGAACUCUUUUCUCCCUCCACCACCCCAUAUGCCAGGAUCAGGUCUGGGACCAGGAAAGCCAGGUCUAAAAUUCAGUGGCCCACCGCCGCCGCCACCCUUCCCGUCAUGCUGGCCGCCUCCAUUUCCUUCUGGACCACCAAUAAUUCCCCCACCACCUCCCAUAUGUCCAGAUUCUCUGGAUGAUGCUGAUGCUUUGGGAAGUAUGUUAAUCUCUUGGUACAUGAGUGGUUAUCAUACUGGUUACUAUAUGGGUUUCAAACAAAGUCAAAAAGAAAGAAGGUGCUCACAUUUCAAUUAAGGAGAUCUACUUUCCCAUUUAUCAGAAAUACUGGGGAUAGAGCAACAAGUUAAAUGACACCACAAAAGAAAUGAUCAGAGAGGUCCAGAACGUGGAAUGUUGUAGAAGAUAACUGGCCUCCUUUCUUCAAAAAGUCACUGUCAUGAAAGAAAAAAUCACAUGGAGUGGGUAACUAACUAUUCCAGAUUAAAAGUGACGAGAUAUAACAGCCAAAUACAAUGUGGCAUCCUUCAUUAUUCAUUAGACCCUGGUUUUGAAAAGCUAUUUAUAAGAGACUUGGGGGUUGAGGAAAUUUGAAUAUAGACUGGAUUUUAAAUGAUAUUAGAUAACUAUUGCUAAUUUUAUGAGCUGUGAUAAGGGUGUUGUAGUUUCUGGAGAAUGUCUUUAAAUUUGCAUACUAAAGUAUUUAGAAGUGAAGUGUUACAGUGUUUGUAAUACAUUUCUAAAUGAUUUAGAAAAAUGUAUAUAUGUGUGUGCAUGAAGCAUAUAUGGCUGUUACUGAAUCUAAGUGGUGUUCAUAUGGGUGUUCACUGUACUAUUUUUUUCUAUUUUCUGUGUGUUUGAAAAGUACAUAAGAAAAAUGUUCAGUAUUUUUAACUAAAUUAGUAAGAUCUAUGUGUCUAUUAUUGUAUUCCCUUUUUACAUAUUAUUUUACACUUUUGGUCCAUAUUCAUCCAUAUUUUGAUGUUUGUCAUCAGUAUUUUGUGCAUGUGUGUGUGUAUAUAUAUCCCCACUUAAUAUCACAUUUUUAAUAUUUUUACAUAUUCUUUCUAUCAGCUUGUUUGCCUGUAUGUUAUGCCGCUGUUCCUUUAGUUCAGUAGCUUUUGGCAUUCUCAAUAACAUUAGUAAUACCUUCUUAUAUGUAGUACUCGAUUCUAUUCUGUCAUAACGUUAGGGUAACUUUAUGUGUUGUGACUAUUUAAUAAAAGGUUGUGGACAUUAUGAUUCUUAGUGGAUGUUUCCAUGUUGCCUUGAAAAGCAAAUUUCAAAAAACAUCUUUUCAAAAUCUAUGCAUUCCUGGGAGGGAUAUUUUUUAAAUUAUAUAAAUCCUCACAUUUAAAAGUGUAGUUACCUGUAUCUCAUUCUUCGAUUAAAGUCGGUUUUAUUCAAUUGAAGUUCUUCAGCUA